AUGAGAGAAGAUCCAUCAAGCUGUGGUGAAUACCCUGAGGGAGGGGUGGUGUCCAGCGAGGAGGAGCCAGACUGCGCUCCAAACAAAUGCCCUGUGGUGGUGGUAACACCAGGGGCUGGUGGGCGCAAAAGGGUCACCAGGAAAGACAACAUUUCAUCGCCAACAGAGGACAACAAGUCAACAACAGGAGGGUCUCCCAGUCUGAUCCCAUCAGGACCCAAGAGGCCUAAGAAGAGUCCCCAGCCCUCCCUGUCUCCUCUCCCCAUCCCAGGCCAGCCCCUGGAGGAUCCUCAGCACCAGCGGGUGGUUGCCAAUGUACGGGAGCGCCAACGGACGCAGUCCCUGAACGACGCCUUUGCCUCGCUUCGUAAGAUCAUCCCCACGCUGCCGUCAGACAAGCUGAGCAAGAUCCAGAUCCUGAAGCUGGCCUCGCGCUACAUUGACUUCCUCUACCAAGUCCUGCAGAGUGAUGAGAUGGAUGCCAAGUUGGCCAGCUGUAACUACCUAGCCCACGAGAGACUCAGCUACGCAUUCUCAGUGUGGAGGAUGGAGGGGGCCUGGUCCAUGUCCGCUACCCACUAGCCUUCCCACUUACCUCUCUAACACCCCCUCGCCUCCUUCCCCCUCGCCCUCCCCCAGCUGCGCCCUCCGGCCCCAAUCUCCCAUGACCUCUGACCCCUGCUCUGUGACCCGCAUCCUCACAUCAUCUAACUCCUCCACCACUCUACACCAGGUAUGCACAAUACAAACCAUAUAUACUCAAUAGUAUAUUUCCAAAACAAAAUAUCACUGUUUUAUAUUGCAUGCAAAAAAGUAAUAAUUCAACAGAAGGUGAUCAGAGAUGAACGUAGGGAAACACCUGGUGUUUUAAUAGAGUAUUAAAUGCAAUGCUGGACAUUUGCCAGAAUGAAACGCAGUAACUUUGCCAAGUAAGUGAAUCACAAGGGAGGGUCAUAGAACAGCACAUCUUAGGUUACCACACAUCUCUUUUUACAUUCAAGGUAUACAGUAACUCUUCUACAAGAUAAGUUUGUCCUGAAAAUUGAUAUACGAUGGUAGCUAAAUGUAUCCCAUGAUUAUCAUCAGGAUUAUGGACCUAAUAGAAGGUCAUAGAGCUGUUAUUUCCUACAUUUUGUAAGAAAUAGCCUUUGAACGCUGACAAAUCACACAAUACAGAAUCUUCUUUUGUAUUCUAGUUUCUAUACACAUACAAAUUGUAUGAGAGAGAGAGAGAGAUUUUACCCGGCCAGCCAUAACUCAUUGUACCUCAUAGUCUCAUCAUUUUAGCUGACCUAUUAAUAUUAAUCGGCCUUUGAAGCCAAAUGAUUGUUGAAAAAGUUACAUUACAAGUUUUACUUUCCUACACCCAAACCGAGUCCCUUUUUUAUUAUUUUGGUACUAAAACUUUCCUUUGAAAUUCUUUCCUUUCAUUUUGGCUUAAACUUGCUACGUUGGACAAAAAUUAGAUAGAUCUUGAAAACACUCAACAAAAACAAACUGGUUUUGAGAAACCAUGCAGCAGUUAGCCAUCAAAGGAGAAGUGAUGGCUGUCUACUGCACUCCCACAAACCACUGAGUUAGAUGAAAGAGGUGAUUCUUCCAGUUCCACAUCUCCAUGGUAAAGAUGGCUAUCAGAUGCCUCAUCAGUGGCUAUGCCUCCCUUCACCAGUGGCUACACAUUUUGCCUUUGCCAUUUGAAACCACUGCUUUCCCAACUUCACAAGAGGUACCAUUACCACACUUCUGAGGGAUGUCUUUUUCAUAGUACAGUCAGCACUGUGUCUUCAAACAACCUAGCACGGUUUGACAUGUUACUCGCUGUGACAUUCUCAAACAAUACUGUCCUCUAGAAAUCGUGUUUGAGGCAAAUGAAAGCUAAAUGUCCUUUGACCUUUUCUAAAUACCAGGUGAAAUUAAUAUAGGUGGUAUAGGCGGUUAGAUGUGAGAGAUGCAUUCUCAGUGUUUGUGUUUGCUGGGAUGGCCGUUGUUAUUAUUCUGUCUGCAAGCUGACUCUGAAGGAAGACAUUCUUUGCUCCUUUCUCAUUAGGGUCCUGUAGUGUUCUCCAGUUAAUGUCUUAACCUUUCUCAUGUGAAUGUUCUCCCUGCUAUUCUGUGGGGUUGCUUUGGGAUGUGUGUGUGUAUAUGCCACAUAAAUACAGAUUUUUAAUCUGUCAGGGAGGCAUCAAUGUGUAUCCCUGUCUUUCAAGGAGAUCAAAUAUACAUUGGUGUUUUAGCCUGCUUUGUUCUUAUCGCUGAACUUAUUGCCACACACACUGGCUUUCGAUUGACCGAAGUUUAUACUUAUAGAGUUUACUUGUGCCUUUUAAAUCCAUGUUUAUUGAUAUUAACCAGUUGCAUUUAAUCAGAAUACCAUAUUUUACAAGGAGAUGGUCAACAAAACCCCCAGCCCAGCCCUGACAAAACAGGGCCAGGGAAAAUGGACAUAAACAUCUUAAUACUGAGUUUAUGCCCAUUACUUUUUCCCCUUGUAGUUUAACCAGUUUAACUGUUAGAGAGUGCAGAGAGAUUUCGUUAGGCAUCAUGAACUAAUAAUGUGUGUUUACUUUAAAGCAAAAGUAAAUGGCAUAUUUUGCAUUAUGUUGUAGCACUUACAGAAUGUUUCUAUCUUGUGUAUGUCUCCCCAGCAUCUGACCAAGGCGAUUGAGAAGCCUCCCCGUUGGUCUGCAAUCCCUUUAUUUACUGGUUUGUACUUACACCUCUGGACCAACUAAAUAACAGAUCUGAGCCCUGCCCUCUGUAGAGACUUCAGCUUCCUCGAGCCCACACAGAAUCACAGAAUCGAUGGGACAACGAUUCUGAGCCAUAAGCAGGCCUAGAAGAGGGACAACUAUAGCUUAUUCUGACCUGGAAAUUGCAACUUGACUUGGAAACAGUUUUGUACAAAAAUGUAAGUCAUGGGAAUGUUCUUAUUGUAGUGUAAAUACAUGUAGUCACAAAGAACUGUCUGUAAACCAAUAGAAAAUUAUUAAUUAAAAGGGAAUCAGUUGCUGUAAAGAGUGUAUUUGUAAUACAAUUGUAGAUAUGUGGAUAAAAUUUGCCUUGUGAUUUUCUUGUCUAGAUAAUAAAAUGUGUAUUUGAGCAUCUUUUAAGCAUCUUUCUCAGCCUCGUCUUAU